UGCUGCUGAUGAUCAGAGGACUCCCGUGUAAAAGGAGGAGGAGGAGGAAGAAGAGGAAGAAGAGGCGGCGGCGGAGGAGGAGGAGGAGGCGAGGCGUGCACGGGCUGCCGCUGCCCAAAGGUGUCAAGGUGCUGGCGAGGCGAGGGGGGACAUGGCUUCUUCUCCGGCUUCGCUGGGGCCCCGCGGCCCUCGCCCACCCACCGUGCCGCCUCCCAUGCAGGAGCUGCCCGACCUGAGCCACCUGACGGAAGAGGAGAGGAACAUUAUUAUGGCUGUGAUGGACCGGCAGAAGGAAGAGGAAGAGAAGGAAGAGGCCAUGCUCAAAAGAUUGCACCAACAAUUUGAAAGUUACAAAGAGCAAGUCCGAAAAAUAGGUGAGGAAUCCCGCCGUUACCACGGAGAGCACAAGGACGAUGCGCCAACAUGUGGAAUCUGUCACAAAACUAAGUUUGCCGAUGGUUGUGGCCAUUUAUGCUCCUACUGCCGGACAAAGUUUUGUGCCAGAUGUGGAGGACGUGUUUCUCUGCGAUCAAACAAUGAGGACAAAGUGUACAGGAAUAAUGUCUCUGCUGGCCACGGACUGCAGUGGGAAGGGCCAGAGACAGUUAUGUGGGUAUGCAACUUAUGCCGAAAGCAACAAGAGAUCCUAACGAAAUCUGGAGCGUGGUUUUUUGGAAGUGGUCCUCAACAGCCACCCAGUCAGGACGGAGCACUGAGUGAUACAGCUACUGGUGGCAGUGCAGAUGCACCUAGAGAAAAGAAAGCGAGGCUUCAAGAACGGUCAAGAUCUCAAACACCCCUAAGCACAGCAGUCACCUCCUCACAGGAAAUACCUUCUAGUGUGCAAACUGACAGGAGGAAAGGCACAGAGGUAUCCCAACAAGCUAUGGGCCUGGAACAGAAGCAGACUUCAUCAAGGUCUAGAAGUGAACCCCCGAGAGAGAGGAAGAAGACACCUGCAGGGUCUGAACAGAAUGGGAAAGGAGGUGUAAAAGGUGAGCGCAAACGAGUGCCAAAAUCCUCACUCCAGCAGGGUGAAGGACAAAGAGAUGAGAGGGAAUUUAAAGAAAGACGUGAUGGUAGAAGAUUAGAGAAAGGGAGGUCUCAGGACUAUUCAGACUUCCCACACGAUUUUGAGGAAGGCAAAGCUAUAGAUGGAGAGAAGCAAAGGAAAGAAGAUGACUAUCACACUCGAUACAGGAGUGAUCCAAACCUGGCAAGGUAUCCCGUAAAGCCGCAUCCCGACGAGGAGCAGAUGCGCAUGCAUGCAAAAGUUUCAAAAGCACGGCAUGAAAGAAGACACAGUGACGUUGCCUUGCCACACACAGAAGUUGAGGAGCCCGAGGUACCUGAGAAUAAACUAGGAAAGCACUCACAGGUGCAAGGAACUCAGGACAUAAAGUCUCGCCCGGAUACUCAGAGGGCGUAUGCAAUAGAAAGAACAGGUGAUGUAAGGAUUUCUGUUUCUAAACAAUUAGCUAACCAUAGCCCACCAACUCCCAGGCAUAGCGUGGUUCCUACAGAGCACUUAGAAUCCAAAAAUCACGACCCCUUUAAAACACAGAGUCGCCUAGAUCCUAGCUCUGCUAUUCUCAGUCGGAAAGCAAAGCGGGAGAAAAUGGAGACCAUGCUAAGGAAUGAUUCCCUUAGUUCUGACCAGUCAGAAUCAGUGCGGCCGUCUCCACCAAAGCCCCAUAGAUCGAAACGGGGUGGAAAGAAAAGACAAAUGUCAGUCAGCAGCUCUGAGGAAGAAGGAGCAUCAACACCUGAAUAUACCAGUUGUGAUGACGUGGAAAUAGAAAGUGAAAGUGUCAGUGAAAAAGCUAAUCUGUUUGGCAGAAGAGAGUUGGUGUGCCCUGCGUCUCCUGAGUCGUGUUGUGGUGAUUUGGAUUAUUACUGGCUUGAUCCUGCCACGUGGCACAGUAGGGAGACAUCUCCUAUUAGCUCGCAUCCUGUGACGUGGCAACCAUCUAAAGAAGGAGAUCGCCUAAUUGGCCGUGUUAUUCUCAACAAGAGAACAACUAUGCCAAAAGAGUCAGGUGCAUUGCUGGGACUCAAAGUUGUAGGAGGAAAAAUGACUGAUUUAGGACGACUUGGUGCCUUCAUUACCAAAGUAAAGAAAGGUAGCUUGGCUGAUGUGGUGGGACAUCUAAGAGCAGGUGAUGAAGUUCUAGAAUGGAAUGGCAAACCACUUCCCGGAGCUACAAACGAAGAAGUUUACAACAUUAUUUUAGAAUCAAAAUCAGAACCUCAAGUUGAAAUUAUUGUUUCAAGGCCUAUUGGUGACAUUCCAAGGAUUCCCGAGACUUCUCAUCCUCCACUAGAAUCUAGUUCUAGUUCAUUUGAAUCUCAAAAAAUGGAACGGCCGUCAAUUUCUGUUAUUUCCCCUACUAGUCCUGGAGCCCUAAAAGAUGCUCCACAGGUCCUGCCUGGGCAGCUCUCUGUAAAGCUUUGGUAUGAUAAAGUUGGGCAUCAGUUAAUAGUGAAUGUUCUUCAAGCAACAGACCUGCCACCCAGAAUAGAUGGACGCCCGAGAAAUCCUUAUGUAAAAAUGUAUUUCCUUCCGGACAGAAGUGAUAAGAGUAAGAGGAGGACCAAAACGGUAAAGAAAAGCUUAGAACCAAAAUGGAACCAAACUUUUCUCUAUUCCCACGUGCACCGUAGAGAUUUUAGAGAACGGAUGUUGGAGAUCACGGUUUGGGAUCAGCCCAGAGUGCAAGAAGAAGAAAGCGACUUUCUUGGGGAGAUCCUUAUAGAGCUGGAGACAGCACUUUUAGAUGAUGAACCACAUUGGUAUACGCUGCAGACGCAUGAUGAAUCCUCACUACCUCUGCCUCAGCCAUCACCUUUCAUGCCAAGGAGACAUGCCCAUGGUGGAGAAAGCUCUAGCAAAAAAUUACAAAGAUCUCAGCGAAUCAGUGAUAGUGACAUCUCAGAUUAUGAUGUUGAUGAUGGUAUUGGAGUAGUUCCUUCAGUAGGCUAUAGGUCUAGCACUAGAGAAAGUAAAUCUACAACGUUAACUGUGCCAGAACAGCAAAGAACAACCCAUCAUCGUUCACGAUCUGUAUCUCCUCACCGUGGUGACGAUCAGGGCAGGACCCGUUCUCGUUUACCAAAUGUGCCAUUACAGAGGAGUUUAGAUGAAAUUCAUCAAAUGAGAAGAUCACGUUCUCCAACUAGACACCAUGAUGCCUCCCGAAGCCCAGUUGACCGCAGGUCCAGAGAUAUGGAUAGUCAGUAUUUGUCAGAUCAAGAAAGUGAGCUUCUAAUGCUGCCCAGGGCAAAACGAGGAAGAAGUGCAGAGUGCCUACAUACCACCAGCUCAACCCUGCCUGCAUGUGUUAAGGCCAAAUCAGUGCUUAGUCAGGAUAUUUCACUUCUUCGUAAUUGCCUUAACUCACGAAUACCAAGAUUUACUGAUGGUCUGUUGGUUAGUGAACUGCAGCCCUCGCUUGACAGGGCUAGGAGUGCUAGUACCAACUGCUUGAGGCCUGAUACUAGUUUGCAUUCACCAGAACAAGAAAGAGGUAGAUGGUCCCCCUCACUAGAUAGGAGCCGACCCACUAGUCCCCGGAUUCAAAUCCAACAUGCAUCUCCGGAGGAUGACAGAACAACAGCGCUGGAGUCUUGCAUUCCAAAACAAGACACCUUAAACCUCCUAAGUGCUAAUCCGGAAGAAACACAGAGGCAUCCCAGAAAGGUGGAAAGAUAUAGCACCCAAAAACAGACUAGGAAAGGCUCUGCGUCUGAAACAGAAAGGGUUCUACUGCCAUGUUCUAGAAGGGGACUGCCACCCCCAAGAAUCAGUGAUCAGCCAGUCAUUACUAGGGGAAAGCAUCACACUCGCUCAAGGUCGAGUGAGCAUUCUAGUAUCAGACCCUUAUGUUCUGUACAUCACCUAGUUCCUGGAGGGUCUGCACCACCUUCUCCACUUCUGACAAGAAUGCACCAACCAGGAAGUCCCAUGCAGUCGUCUCCAGCAGACACACCCUUCAGCAGCCGUAGGGGGAGACAGCUUCCACAAGUUCCCAUCAGAAGCGGCAGUAUAGAGCAAGAACAAGAGAAUUAUAGCUCAUCAUCAAAAGCAAAUUUAGUAGUGGAGGAACGAACGAGACAGAUGAAAAUGAAAAUGCACCGUUAUAACCAGACAACAGAGUCUGGUUCUAGUCAAGAACUUGAACGUGAGCAAUAUACUAAGUAUAACAUACAAGCAGAUCAGUACAGAAGUUGUGAUAACGUCUCUGCCAAAUCAUCAGAUAGUGAUGUCAGUGAUGUGUCAGCCAUUUCCCGUGCCAGCAGUGCCUCACGUCUCAGCAGCACAAGCUUUAUGUCAGAGCAAUCAGAGCGCCCGAGGGGCAGAAUCAGGUCAAAGUCCUUAGAGAGCUGCAAAAGUGAUGGCAAAAAAGAAAGAAGGAUAUCAUGGGAAUUAGAUGGCGAGACGGGGCACAGAGGAAAAAAAAUGAAUAUGGAAGAAAAGAAAAGGAGAAGGCAUACUGUUGCUGAUGUGAGUACGUUUACUCCUAAAAUGCAAGGCAGACGGAUGGGGACUUCAGGGAGAAUCAUCACAAAGAGCACAAGUGUGAGUGGAGAGGUGUAUAAGCUGGAACAUAACGAUGGGAGUCAAUCAGACACUGCAGUUGGUACGGUUGGAACAGGUGGGAAGAAAAGACGGUCCAGCCUUAGUGCCAAAGUGGUUGCCAUGGUAUCUCGAAGAAGCAGAAGCACAUCCCAGCUUAGCCAAACAGAGACGGGCAGCAAGAAGCUAAAAAGCACGAUACAGAGAAGCACAGAAACUGGUAUGGCAGCAGAAAUGAGAAGCCGUAUGGUCCGGCAGCCAAGUCGGGAAUCGACUGACGGCAGCAUCAACAGUUACAGCUCAGAAGGAAACCUAAUAUUUCCUGGAGUCCGACUCGGUGCUGACAGUCAAUUCAGUGAUUUCCUUGAUGGACUUGGACCUGCGCAGCUAGUAGGUCGACAAACUUUAGCCACUCCUGCCAUGGGUGAUAUUCAGAUUGGAAUGGUGGAUAAGAAAGGCCAGUUGGAAGUAGAAGUUAUUAGAGCCCGAGGCCUGACACAAAAGCCUGGUUCUAAAUCUACCCCAGCUCCAUAUGUCAAAGUUUAUCUGUUGGAAAAUGGGGCUUGUGUAGCCAAGAAGAAGACAAGGAUUGCAAGGAAAACCCUUGAUCCUUUAUACCAACAGACACUGGUUUUUGAGGAAAGUCCACAUGGCAAAGUCCUUCAGGUGAUAGUCUGGGGAGACUACGGCCGAAUGGAUCACAAAUGUUUCAUGGGAGUAGCACAGAUCCUGCUGGAAGAACUUGAUUUGUCCAGUGUGGUAAUAGGCUGGUAUAAAUUAUUUCCACCUUCCUCUUUGGUGGACCCAACGUUGACUCCUCUGACUCGCAGGGCUUCCCAGUCGUCUCUGGAAAGCUCAACUGGGCCUCCCUGCAUUCGAUCUUAGUGGACGCAACAGCAGGUGCUCUCCAACAAAGUCAUUAUCGCCCAGGAUCACCAAUGGGGGGUAACAGAGCUAUUUACAACAAUGAGGAGCAUUUAUUUAUUUUUUUGAAAAGAGACAAUCAUCACUUCAGUUUUGCCUGUAGUAGUUUAUCCAAAAAAAAUAUGUCUGUUUGUUAUGAGGUUGGCUUCAAUUUACUGAACAAAUCAAUGUACGAAAAUACAGUCGAUCCAUCUAGCAAAAUGUCCCUGAGGUUUAUGAUAAUUAUAAUGAAGAGGGACCUUUAAGACUGAACUGGAACCGCUCGUUCUCUCCACGAUUCCCAUCCCCAUCCCCACCCCCACCCCGAAACCACAAACAGUGUUAACUCCUUGCUCUCUUUCUGUAUAUGUUAUUUCCACUUGGUUUUGCUGUGUUAUUUAUCCUGCCAGUUUUGUAAAGUCUUCAUGAUGCUAACAGAGACCCUUCCUUUCUUUUUCUAAACCAAACCAAAAAGGGCUGAAGCACAUCUCUGUAAGCAUCUCUAAAAGUGUUCACCUUCCAGAGUUAUUGUACGAUGCCAACAAAAACCCCACUAUCCUUUCAUUCUGGUUGUCCACCAUCUUAACACGUGUGGAGAACCAGAGUAAAACCAACCAACUUUUAGUUCAGUUUUGCUUUAUUAAUGUUAUUGUUAUUAAGGAGUUUAUCAUAAUUUUUCAUUGUGAGGGGUGGUGGGGAAGUGAAUAUAUUUGCAUUAUACAUAAUGGUUUUUGUAUGUUUCAUUAAUACUUUGCAUGAAGGAAAUUUGCAUCUGCAACUAUUGCUGAAGACUUGAUUAAAAAAAAGCAGCUGUGCUUUUUUCAUUUUGA